AUGCUCAGCAUUGUCCAGUUGAUAGUACCGGGCCAGCUGCUUUGGGCGGCAGCGAACACCUGCGUCAAGCUGUCAAUCAUAUCGCUGUACACCAUCUUGUUCCCAGUCAAGCGGUUCUGCUACCUUUGUUAUGUCGCUAUUGCUGUCACUUUGUGUUAUUUUGCAAGUGUGAUUGUGGAAACUUUUGCACUCUGUACUCCAGUCGAGUUCAACUGGGAUAAGAAUAUUCCCGGUGGCAAUUGCGAACACCAGACCGCCGCAUUUCUUGGUGCCGCUAUUACCAACCUCCUUAUUGAUGUAUUCAUCGUCGGUUUGCCAAUGCCAAUGCUAUUCGGACUGCGAAUGUCCCUCCAGAAGCGGCUGAGCAUCGCAGGAAUGUUCGUCGCUCAAUGGGACUUGGAUGAUGUGACAUAUGCGACAACCAACGUGUCGAUCUACUCCGUCUUGGAGCCUUGCCUUGGUGUAGUCAACGCGUGUCUCCCGACAAUACAGCCGGCCAUGAAGCGCAUCUUCGGGGAUGUUGUAGCAAGUUGGAGCUCGCAUGACUCACAAGGCACGCCGAUAGAUACAAAGAUCUCCAGAAACCGCGAGCGGCAGAAUGCCCAGUAUAUAAGGGACCAUAACUUCCGACGCCUCGAGGACGACAUUCCCCUCACCACUAUACGCAGCGAUCACGGGGGGGAUUCAGAUCAGAACAACGGGAACGCCAUCACUGUCACUCGGCAAUGGGAAGUCGAUAGCUCCUAG